AUGGAGUCCCCUGUCAUGCUGCCCUGGCAAGUGUACGUGACCACCAGAGGUGCCUCGGAGGGCAGGCGACGACGAUGCACCUUGAACGACCUGGCUCUGACCCAGGAGGACUGGACAGCCUGUCGCAAAGAAAGCCACACGCUCCCCAACCCCUGCCGGAGCCAUCAGCUGGGCAAGCUGCUGCAGAGGCAGAGCUCACCUGCAGCUCAGCGAGGCAGUGUCACUGUGCGGAGGUGGCACAGACACGCGCUGCGUGCCAAGGCAGGCACCCUGAAAGUGCAGAGGGGGAUACUGAAGGUCUAUAAAGCCAUGAGUGAUGAGAAGGUGGAGAACAGGAAAAAGGUUUUCACUUUUUCCUCUGAUACUGGAGGAUUCAAGUGCCCUGUAUGUUCAAAAUUUGUAUCUUCUGACGAAAUGGAUUUACAUCUUGUGAUGUGUUUGACAAAACCAAGGAUAACCUACAAUGAGGAUGUGCUGAGUAAAGAUGCUGGGGAGUGUGCAAUAUGCCUGGAAGAGCUGCAGCAAGGAGAUACUAUAGCACGGCUGCCUUGCCUCUGCAUAUAUCAUAAAGGCUGCAUAGAUGAAUGGUUUGAAGUAAAUAGAUCUUGCCCUGAGCAUCCAUCAGAUUAAGACAAGAUUCGUGGUUUUAGCUGCUUCCGCUGAUCAGAAAACAUAGGAGGUGUGAGGUUCCCUUGCUGAGCACAGCGUGCCUGGCUGGAGACUUCUGGUCCUUUGUGGCUGAAAAAGGCGAAGAUGGACAGUGACAUGGAAAAAGCGCCGCAGCCGCCAGUUACUCGCCAGUCGCGCUCGGUGUACCGAACACUCGCGCAAAGGACACACAGGGAUUUUGAAAAUGCUGCACAUUCUGUCACAAUCGACUCCCCGCAGACUUUACUGACGCUAUUUUGUAUCGAAGGCCAAAGUUCCCAAUUUCAGCCUAACUUGUGGUUCUGUGAAGAAGCGGGUUAUUGGAUAUGUUUCCCGCUGCCUCGGGUGGAAGCGGAGACGUUCGAUACGUGCUAUCUGAGACCCUUGCAGGAAGAAGGCCCCGGUUUUGAGAGAAGGCCACCUUCUCGUUGGCUGAAGAAGAGUAAAUGGCAAACUAAAUAUAAUCUAACAGAGUGACCUUAAUUUGCUGAAUUCACACCCUGUUUUACGUUCCUCACUUUUUUCCAAGAGCAGAAAACAUAAACUUCUCUGCAUAGGAAUACUAUAUUUCAAAAUUUUGUAACUAAACCUUUGUCACAAUGCAGUCCAAAGAGUAAAACUGAGACAGGUAACUAA